AUGGGAGCUCAACACAGCAUGAGGCCGCACAGCCUAGCUGUUACAGAUGUCGACAUUGGCGAAGGAGAUAGCCACGCGCACCUCCCGUAUCUGGCGAAGCUGAUGUCUUACGAGGAGGCCUACUGCCUCGAUCCCAAGCUCGAGACCUUCGACUCCACGCUCCAGCAGCGCACCGGUCGCGCCAUCUCCACCCUCACCGACGGCGUCCAGGUCCAUUCCCUCUCCCUCAAUUCCCUCAAGGAGAUCAUCGGCUGCCUCCUCGAGAUGAACCAGGAGGUGGUCAAGGUCAUCCUCGACUGCAAGCGCGAUGUGUGGAAGAACACGAAGCUCUUCGACCUCGUCGAGGAUUACUUCCAAAACAGCCUCCAAACUCUUGACUUCUACACUACCCUCAAAAAGUGCCUCACUAAAGCUCGCGACAACCAGCUCAUCCUCCAAGUCGCACUGCAGCGCUUCGCCGAGGAGGAGGAGGACCACAAAGGCGACAAUGCGAGGAACUCUCAUACUCUGGUGGAGCUAAGUCACUUUAAGGUGGCCAGCAAUCCCUUCAUGGAAGAGUUCUUCAAGGCUUUCCGGUCCAUCCACGACCAGCAACUCCAGAUGCUUGACAAAAUGCAGAUGAGAAAGAACAAGCUUGAUAUGAAGCUCAAAUCCAUCAAGGCCUGGAGGAAAGUCUUGAGCAUCAUCUUCACGGCCACAUUGACCACCUUCUUAAUUUGCUCGAUGGUUGCCGCUACCACAGCCGCCCCGCCUAUUGCUACAGUUGUGGCCGUAGCUGCAGGCAUCCCGAUUGGAUCGAUGGGGAAGUGGAUCGAUUUGCUGCUCAAGGAUUACCAGAAUGCUUUGAUUAAUUAA